AUGUAUCAACUGCAACAGCUUGGGACCACAAUAUGUAUGUACAAGCUUUUGGACUUUCAUUUGCAUGACAUGCAGUGGAAUACACUUUUCAAUUCCACAAUGAUUAAAGGAGAUGUGGAUAUUGAUGGAGAAAAAAAAACCCACAGAGGCUUGAUGUCAAGUUUGAGCUAUUUUCGUGAGUUUACUCAUCGUGUGAAGUCCGUCUCAAUGGCAAAGUUCACUUCACAAGAAGUCGAUGCUCUUCAAAGUGGGGGUAACCAGCGUGCAAGGGAAAUAUAUUUGAAAAAUUGGGACUUCCAAAGGCAGCGGUUACCAGAUAACAGCAAUGUUGAUAAAAUAAGGGAUUUUAUAAAGACUGUAUAUGUGGAUGGAAGAUAUGCUGCAGUGAAGUCAUCAGAAAAGCCUCCAAGAGAUGCACAGGCAAUAUAUACUUAG